GAACGGGCUUCUAUGAGGCUGAGCUUGACAGCCCGGUGAGUCGAGUUUACGAAGAAGUGCUCUCUCAUAUCUCAGCUGUCUCUCAGCGGCGAGAGGACUUGUUCGGAGCUGGCGCACCGGGGAGUUGUUCCUCAAGUCCGCGGCAAUGGGGGAGCAGCCAAUCUACACCACCAGGGCCCAUGUCUUCCAAAUUGACCCAACCACCAAGAAGAACUGGGUUCCUGCCAGCAAGCAGGCUGUCACAGUCUCCUAUUUUUAUGACAGCACGCGUAACAGCUACCGCAUUAUCAGUGUGGAUGGAUCCAAGGUGAUCAUCAACAGCACAAUCACACCUAACAUGACGUUCACCAAGACGUCACAGAAGUUUGGCCAGUGGGCUGACAGCAGGGCCAAUACCGUGUUUGGAUUGGGCUUCGCUUCAGAGCAGCAGCUUACAAAGUUUGCUGAGAAGUUCCAGGAGGUAAAAGAAGCAGCCAAACUAGCAAGGGACAAAUCUCAAGAGAAGGUGGAGACGUUGAGUAAUCACUCCCAGUCGGAGUCUGGACGUGAAACACCCUCAAACAACCAGGCGUCCAGCAUUAAUGGGACAGACGAUGAGAAAAUCUCUCAUGUCGGUCCAGAGGCUGCUCUCCUGAAGAGUGAGAAUGAGCGUCUCAAGAGUGCAGUAGAGCAGAGCAACACCAACGCCAAGAAGUGGGAAACAGAGCUUCAGACUUUAAGAGAAAAUAAUGCCAGACUGGUGGAUGCACUGCAGGAGUCUUCAGCUAAUGUAGAGAGCUGGAAGAAACAGCUUAGUGCCUGCAAGGAGGAGAGUGACACGCUCAGACAAAAGAUUGCUGAACUAGAAGCCCAGUGCAAUGAAGCCAAUCAGGAGAAGGAGAAAAACGCCCAGCUGACUGUGCGGGUAAAGGAGCUGGAGGCUGAGCUACAGGACAAGGAGCAGGAGCUGGAGAACUUGAGGAAGCAGGCAGAGAUAAUCCCUCAGCUCAUGUCAGAGUGUGAGAGCAUCACUGCAAAACUGCAGGCUGCAGAGACGAGGAACAAGGAAUUGGAGGGGAGAAUACAGGGUCUUCAGUUGGACAUAGAUGACAGCCGACAAAAGCAGGGAAACAUGAAGAUCGAGCUGAAGAAUUUGAUGGAUGUUCUAGAUGGAAAGCUAGAUGAGCUGCAAGAGUUCAGGCAGGGGCUCUCCAAGCUGGGUGUUGAUAACUGAAAAAAGUAGCACUGAGCUGAAAGGGUCGGAGGUCAGGUACAAAGGAUUCACUACGGGGCAGAAACUGUGUGGCACCUACUCCCCCAGGGUGAUGUCCACACAGACACAAUUCAGCUUUGGCUUCUAAUAAACACUACCUUGUGAGAAAGAGAAAUGUUUUGGGGAGGGAGAGAGAGAGACUGGCAGACUAAAAGGAGGAAGGCCAGCGCACUCCACCAAAUGGCUCGAUUUUGUGUGCUAGCAUUGCAAAACUAAAUCUAGAGUCACACUUUGAGCUUACUUAACCGUUUCUGUGGGGGAAAACAGGUUUAAAAAGCUGGUGGUGGGUUCUUAGAUUCUGUCCAUCUGUCUUUCUUUUUUUUUUUUUUUUUCCUGAAGGCAGCACUUCUGCACAAGGAAGUCUGAGCUUAGAGUAGAAGAGGGGACUUAAAGGGCUAAAAUGAACAACACGCAAAGACGACGCUGCUCAGCAUCACUCAAGUAAUAAUUGGUGUUAAUCUUUGUGUCCCGCUCGAGAAUUAGAGAUGAAAUCUUUGUACAGGCUGUCCUCGCUGUUGCCUCUCUUCUAUCUCAGGUGUGUUCGAAGACAGUUUGUACUCAUUAGAUUAUAUGCACAUAUAUGACAAAUGGCCGCGACACAAAGUGCCUCCAGGUGAGCAUAAAUCUACCUGGCAAGGAGAACUGGCCAAGUGAUGACCAUCACCAUAAUAACAACUUUUUUUUUUCUUCUUCCUGUAAGAAAACCUGAAGAUAAGUAAAUAUUCUUUAUAAAUAAAUGAGAUGAAAACACAGACGGGCAUGUCCACCCUGAGGAUGUUAAUGUGAUGAGAAACAUAAAGGACACUAAAAAGAAAAAAAGAGGGCCUGCAGCAGACUUUAUCAACUCUUUUAAGAAAACACUGCUUUUGACUAUAUUAAAGAAGGGGAAACUCUUCCUUUCCCAGGAGCUUUCUUUCAGAAACAUCCAAAAUAAUAUUAGGAACUCCAUAUUGUCAUGAGUGUAGAGUAGUGUAGUGUUUAAAAAUGACUUUGUGUGCCCAAUAGUAUUGCUCAUUUGUAGAACAAAGAUGUCUACGAGGCUCUCUGUGCUUCCUACACACUCGGUUUUUGUUAUGGUGGUGGUUAUUUUUGGGUGAGGGGACUCGGUGCUGCUCAAUGGGUGGAUGAUGUGAAAGUGUGCUUCACCUUAGAUGGCAUGGGCCUUUUCACUAAAAAAAAAUAAAAAAGAGAGAAAACCUGUCGGAUUGUUUUGGGUUUUUGUUUUAUGCAUUUAUUUAUUUUUGGUGCCUCUCUGCAACUAGUGUUUAUAGGACAUAACCAAGUAAAUCAACCAUAACCGUCUCCACGGGUGUACGAUAAAAAUAUUAGGGUCGAGAGUUUUUAUUAUGAUUUUCAGGAUGACUCGUCAGGAAGUCCAUCUUGAAAUUUGCUCUGUUUGAAAUCAAAGGCACAUGUUGUAGUGACAUAUUUACUCUGUAAUACUUUAAAGUCUUUAUUUUUCAUCACGGUUUUGAUCUUGUCUUAAAGUUGAGAUAUCAGAUGAAGGGAUUUUUCUUUUUCUUUUUUUUUUUUUUUUUGGCUUAUUGUUCUCUCUGUUUUGCCCUCCUGUUUGUAACUCACCUGAAUCUGGAUAACACAAUGUAUGAUCCUUCCUUUUGAACCGAUGCCUCUUGUGCACUUUUGUGAUUCCUGUUCAAUAUUGUACAAUAG